UGAUCUCAUUAGCGGACGCUCGUGUUGCGGGGAAACGGCAGCUGAUGCGCGUCUGCUCGCGGGCACUGACCGUGAACGUGUUUUCUGGAGCGCAGAGGUCGCGCGCGGCAGCCCACUGCCACGGGCGGCGUGUCUGCGCCUCUGAUUGCUGCUGGAGGGGGGUGUUCGGGUGGCGGCUCCUUUAAGGAAACGGAACUGAGCCUCUGCGUUUGACGCGCUGAGGAUGUGGGCAGGAAACGCCAUGCAACGGCUGAGGAGCGAUCACGCUUCCCCGCAGCGUUGCACAACAAAGUGCCACCAAAAUGCGCUGUAAUUGCGCCAGCUGAGGUUCCAGGAGCCGCCGACCCCCUCGGAUCUGACGGCUAUCCGAGCCAGAGGGCAGCCUCUCCGCCUGCGCGAGCUGAAAACAGCGGGGCUGGUCAGCGGGUGGAGGACAGAGGAGGCUUCAUCGCGGAAAAAAGGAGGCGUCUGCCUUCCCCACCACCACCGCCACCGCCUCACCCCCGAUCAUGAGGGAGUACAAAGUGGUUGUUUUGGGGUCGGGAGGAGUCGGGAAAUCCGCACUGACUGUCCAGUUCGUGACUGGCUCCUUCAUCGAGAAGUACGACCCCACGAUAGAGGAUUUCUACAGGAAAGAGAUCGAGGUGGACUCGUCCCCGUCCGUGCUGGAGAUCCUGGACACGGCCGGGACGGAGCAGUUCGCCUCCAUGCGAGACCUCUACAUCAAGAACGGCCAGGGCUUCAUUUUGGUUUACAGCCUGGUCAACCAGCAGAGCUUCCAGGACAUCAGGCCCAUGAGGGACCAGAUCAUCAGGGUGAAGAGGUACGAGAGGGUGCCCAUGAUCCUGGUGGGGAACAAGGUGGAUCUGGAGGGGGAGAGGGAGGUGUCGUCCGGGGAGGGCAAGGCCCUGGCCCAGGAGUGGAGCUGCCCCUUCAUGGAGACCUCAGCCAAAAACAAAGGCUCGGUGGAUGAACUGUUUGCAGAAAUAGUCAGACAGAUGAACUACUCAGCUGUUCCCAGCGGCAGGAGCCAGUGCUGCUCCUGCGUCCUCCUCUGAAACCCCCCCACAGGCGUGAAGAAACCCUGUCUGCUUGCAGAAGUCUCUCCUCACACUGUUGUCUUAUUGUUGCACACAAAAGGUCGACAACAAUCGAUGAUGUAUCAUGUCUGGAAAAGUGUUUACAUGACAAAGUACUUGAAUGUUUAGGGAGUUUUCUAUAUAAAUAUAUAUAUCAAAAAUGCAUAUAUAUAGCUUUGUAUUUGACACUUCUCUGGAAAUGUGCCUCUAUGGGAAUGUCUAUUUGUGAUACCUAAGAGACACACGAUUUUCUGAUCAUUUUGCAGUUUCAUUUUGUAAAGUUGUGUUGCUAUAUCUUCUUGCUAUAAUUUCUUUGGAGAUUGGCCAUGAUGAUGAUGAUGAUGAUGAUGCUUAUGGGGAGUUAUCAGACACCCUCCCCCCUCCUACAGGCAGUAAUGAGGUUGCUCACCUUUCUGGCCAUUUUUCUUUAUUCUUUCAAUAGAAGGUCUGAAAGCAUUUCAGGUCAAUCGGAGAAUCACCACUCGAGCCUUGCACAGGUUAACAUUUACCCCAAACAUGAGGUUGUCAAACACGGAGAUGCCGCAUUUCAAUCUGUGGCGUGGAUCUGUGCCAAGCCCCCCCCCCCUGCCCGCCUGGCCCCCACUGACGAUGUCCCUCCUCGGUGUGCACAAACUCGGACCAUGGUGCCAUGCUGUCGUCAAAGUGCCUUUCCCGAGAAAUCUGCGACUGUGCCAACUGAUGAGCCCUUCUUCCUCUGCAGCGCGUCUUGAUGGCAAUCAGAACUUUUACACAAAAAAAAUAUUUUUUUUUCAGCUUCAACUCUCACUUUCAUGUACAAAUCGGAGUGAGUAGUUUCAACCAACUGAUUCAGGAUCAGAUUCCGGCCAUUUCUAGAACCAUGGAGAAGAAACAACUUUGCCUAUCGGGAUUUUUGAUUCAGUGAAUGGGAAGCCAUGUCUGUGUAUAUUAAUAUUUCUCUUCUCUUUUUUAAAAUGUGAGACUUAACUGUAAUUCUUUAGCCGCCAACUUGUCAGUUUGAAAGACUUGUAAUACAAAUCCUGUUUUACCUAACAGUGAGUGCUGUACUCGAGUUUCUAUUCUUAUUUUAGGCGUUUAUGGAAUUUCAUCUUGUCUGUAACACAUUUUAGUAUCAGAUAUUCCAUUAAUUUGUCAUUUUUGAUAAUAAAUUACUUGAACUAAAAUAUUAACAUUUAUCUUGAGCAGGUGAGGCCGCAUUUUGUGUUAAUGUAACCAUCUGAGCACCAACAAAAAAGUAUUCCAGAUGUAAGAGAAAUGUCCUAAAUAAACAUGUUUUCUGAGUUUAAACGCGAUAGCAAAGGUCUGAAAAAUGUAGCCGCUUUACUUAGGCAGGAAGGACAGUUGGAGUUGAGUACUUGCUCUUAUGAGUGAGUGGGCAUUUUUCAGAUGUGACAUAAAGAGCCUGCUGUCAACCCAUCAUAAGGAGAAAAGCCAGUGGCUGAAUAGAAAAGCUUUGCUCCGUUGGUUUUGUACCUUUUCAUUUUUAAAGUCAUCUCUUAUUUCGUGAAGGCCUUUAGUGUAUAAAAUUUGUGUUAUAAAUAAAGUUAGAUUUGAUUUGC